AUGAGAAGGUCAAGAGCCGCCUAGAUCCCUUACGGGAGAUGCAGAAACAUCUGGGAAAGAAGAGGAAGCAAAGCAGUGAAGGCCGUCCUGCCAGAAAGGAGUCUGACAAACGGCCCAAGGAGUCCCCAUCCCUGGACCAGCUUCGAGCUGAGCGUCUUCAGAGAGAAACAGCUGAGAGAGCUCGGGCAGAGGCCCUGCUGGCCCGAGUCCAAGGCCAGGCACCCCAGGAGGGCCAGCAGGAAGAGGAAGAGACAGAUGACCGGCGCCGGCGGUACAAUUCCCAGUUCAAUCCCCAGUUUGCCCGACGCCCCCGCCAGGACCCCACUCUUGCUCACUGACUCUUGAGGGGGUACAGGAGAGGCUGCUGCUGC